AUGGCAGUUGCAACGGAGUUUCAUCUUCCACAACUCUCCGUCGUCGACUUACCCUCUCUUCUUCAAGCUAUGGCCGCCGACACUCUUCUCGCCGCUGCUCAAUCUGUCGCUCUCAUUGGAUAUCUGCUAGUGUCUCCAAAAUUGACCGCAAUGGAUUCAAGGUUUCCUUUAGAACACCUCUUAGGGAGGAAACCUGCUUACUUAGAAAACAAGAGUGAUGAUGAGGAUGAUGAGGAUGAGGACGAUGAUGAGGAUGUACAAGACGAGGACAAUGAUGGAGAAGACGAAGACUUCUCAGGUGAUGAAGGCGAAGAAGAAGGGGAUCCUGAGGAUGAUCCCGAGGCUAACGGUGCAGGAGGAAGUGAUGAUGAUGACGAUGGUGAUGAUGAUGGCGACGAUGGUGAUGAAGAAGAUGAUGAAGAUGGCGAAGAUGAAGAGGAUGAAGACGAGGAAGAGGAAGAUGAUGAUGCACCCCAGCAGCCACCAACCAAGAAGAGGAAGUGA